UUUUGAUAUACUUCUUUCUUUUUUGUUUCUCUUCAUAGAAAUGAAAUCUUUCUAAUAUUUCCAUUUUUCAAUCAAUAAAAUCAAAUGAGAAAUACUGAAAAAUCAGAAAAUUUAUGGUGUUUUUCAUUUAUUCAUUAUUUAAUGAAUAAAUAUUUCAAUUAUAAAACUAUGCAAUCACAUGAGCAAUAUAUUACUUUAAAGCAUAAUAAUAGUAGUAAUUUACAAUAUAGAAGACAAUCAUUCAAUGAAAAUGUAGAAAAAUCAAAAAAUGUAUUAAAAAAAUCAACUACAAUGUUACUAACCAAUAAUACUACUACUAAUAAUAAUCAAAUGAAUAUCAAUACAAUCUUUCAUUGUAAUGCGUUAGCAACAAACAAUAGUUCACAAACAUAUAAAUCAAUUAAAAAUCAAUUAAAUUCCACACCUAUAUGGAAAUGUCCACAUUGUUUUACUGAAAUUCAAUUAAUCAAUAUACAAACUACACCAGAUAUUAUUAUUCAAUCGAAUCGAUUAUAUCAUAAAAAAAUUCGUACAAAUCCAUGGAUAAAUAAUUCUAAAUAUAAUAUACCUAUUACAUCUUAUUCAUAUUCUAGUUCAUUAACCGAUAGUGAAAAUAAUAAUAAUUCACAUUAUGAUUAUAUAACUCGAUCAACUACUGAAACGGAUAUAAAUAAAAAUAGUUAUUUUAAUGUUAAAAAAAAUGAUAUUCCUAUUAUACCUAUAUCACCAGAUCCUCCACCAUCACCAGCUCCAAAAUGUACACAAUGUAUUAUUAAUCCAGAAUGUUUAAAGCAUACUAAUGAAAAUCAAGACUUAUUCAUGAAUUCUAAUAAAUCAUAUAAAGGAUUUUGUAAAUCAGCAACAUUAGAUUUAUCUAAUUUAAUGAAUGAUACUAAUAAAUCAAUAAAUAAACCAAAAAGGAAAUUAUUAACUAAAAGAAUAAGAAAUCAAAUGAGAAAAUCAUGGUUACAAACGAAUACAAGAUCAACAUUACUUCCAUAUUUAUCAUCAUCUAUACAUUUGAACUCAUCUUCAUCAUCAUCGUCUACUUCUUCAUCAUCAUCAUCAUCAUUGUGUAAAUCUGCAUCAUCUGAACAUAAAAUUAUUCAUUCAGCAGAUGAAAAAAGUUCUUCUUAUAAAAAUAAUAAAACUAUAAGUAUAAAUGAUAAACACAAUUUAUUAAAUCAACAAUCAGAUAUAUAUGAUGAUAUUUACAAUACUACUUAUAUUUCUAAUUCACAAUCUAUUAUAGACAAUGAAUUGAAUCAAUCAAUGAUAAACUCUUUCAUUGAAAAUAUGUCACCAGAAUUGUUUAAAUCAAUGAAUUUAAACAAUGAUCUAAAUUUCUCAACCGUUUAUAAUGAUAAUAAUAAUAAUGGUGACAAAGAAGAAGACAAUUUCUAUGAUGAUAUUCAAUUGGAAAAUUUACGAACGAAUUUAAAAAUCCUUUCUGAAGCUAAAAAUGUAAUCAAUAUGCAAAUGAGAAAUUUAGGUCAAAAUUAUAUUAACUAUUUAAAGAGUAAAUAUUUAAUGAAUACAGUGAAAGAUCAAUAA